AGGCGCUAAACAAAGUCAGGGGGAAGGGGGGGCUGCAGGAGAACCUCAGCUCAGUCAGAGGAGCUUCAAGUCUGGACUCCUCCUCCUUCAUUGUUGUGAGAACAUUCAGAACCCUUCGACGGCGGCUACUCCUCUUCAUCAUGAUCCAGUCCUCCUAUGGCGUGAUCGGACUCCUCCUCCUUCUAGCUUGCCUCACAGCAGCAGGUUCGGAGUCUGACCUGCGACCUCGAGCGGUGCGUUCAAGUGUCUGUCAAGAACACACGGAUCUUCACAGCCGCAUGGAUGCAGUGGAGAAGAGGAUGGAGGGCACAGUGGAGAACCUGGAGGCCGAGCUGGCUGCUCUUCUGGAUGCCAUCCAUGACACACAGUGGAGCCCCCUGCUGGACAAACCAGGACAGACAGCGGUGGACAUCCUGCAGGACCCAGAGCAGAGGGGCCGGUCCUGAUGAAUGAAGCAGGGGCAAAUCUGAGUGUGUGCUUCCAAAGAAAGCUUGUCAAUAAAAUGAGUUUUUUUGAGCAGA